AGGCCGCGCGAGUCCUGGAAAGCGUUGUUGGCCCGGUUGCUCUGGAGCCGGGUCUCCGGUCUGGUGGCUGCCCGCCCUCCAGCAUCUCGCCAUGGGGAGCACGGAGAGUAGCGAGGGCCGUAGGGUGUCCUUUGGAGUGGACGAGGAGGAGCGGGUCCGGGUGCUGCAGGGUGUCCGGCUGUCUGAAAACGUGGUGAACCGCAUGAAGGAGCCCAGCUCUCCACCCCCUGCUCCUGCACCUUCUACCUUUGGCCUUCAAGAUGGCGACUUGAGAGCCCCUCACAAAGAAUCCACACUGCCCAGGUCGGGGAGCAGUGGUGGCCAGCAGCCCUCAGGGACGAAGGAGGGUGUCAAGAGGUAUGAACAGGAGCAUGCUGCUGUCCAGGAUAAGCUCUUCCAGGUGGCAAAGAGGGAAAGAGAGGCUGCCACCAAGCACUCCAAGACAUCCCUGCCCAUGGGCGAAGGCAGCAUCAGCCAUGAAGAGCAGAAGUCAGUCCGGCUGGCCAGGGAGCUGGAGAGCAAAGAGGCAGAGCUAAGACGCCGUGACACCUUCUACAAGGAGCAGCUGGAGCGUAUUGAGAGGAAGAAUGCUGAGAUGUAUAAACUGUCUUCACAGCAAUUCCAUGAGGCAGCCUCAAAGAUGGAGAGCACAAUAAAAAUGUCUUGGAAUUUUCUAAAGGCAGAAUGGAGCUCAUGUGGCGGGUGCAGAGAGCAAGAGCUAUGGAGCUGAGCACACUCCACUCUUCCUAUCCCGGCCCCUCUCACUGCUCUGUGACUGUGGGCCAGUAACGUGAGCUGCCUGUGACUUACCAACCUUGUCUGCAGAAUGGGACGGGAAGGUCCAGCUCACAGGGUUGUUGUGAACCUAGAACACAGGAGGCCCUGACAGGCAGAAGUUCCCAAGACCACAGACAUCCAGAUCCACUCUCAAAUGAGGCCGAAUUUUCUGCCCGUGCUGUUGACCAUCAGCUCCCCUCCCACAGCCUGAUCCUCAUUCCAGAUCUCUCCCAGUGCGGAAGACUUCCUGGGCAGCACCUGGAAGCAGCUUUAGGAACCUGCUCAUAAGCUACAGCUCCUCCCCUUUUCCAUUACGUGGGUUAAG